UGAUCUCGAUUACUUGUGGCUUGACUGAAGUUGUUUUGCCGGUUAGAUUGCUCCGCGAUCUACAUUGAACCCCGUGAUCAUCCGUGUCUUCACCCUGCCUUGCGGGACACCGUCAACACUUAAAGGUUAAGCAAGCGAGAGUGUAAAGAGUAAAACCUGUGCGGCUAACGAUCGACGGUCAUGUCUUGUUGGCUAUGAGACACCAGGACUCAUGGCGGGUCGGCAGCGGGUAACCGCCUUCUCACUACUGCUCGCAGUCGGGUUGUUAUUGUUGCUGUUUUCGGCAAGGAGCUCCGGCAAACCUGCGGGGAAAUGCGUCGGCAACACGCAGUGCCAGUCCCCGGGACCCCCAGUGGUACUAGUUCCGGGGGACCUAGGAAACCAGCUGGAGGCCAAGCUGGAUAAACCCAGUGUGGUUCAUUACAUUUGCUACAAGAAGACAGACACCUUCUUCACUUUGUGGCUCAACUUGGAGCAGCUGGUGCCUGUCGCCAUUGACUGCUGGAUAGACAACAUCAGGCUGAUCUACAACAGGACCACACACACCACGUCGUCACCGCCGGGCGUGAACAUCAGCGUCCCUGGAUUUGGCCACACGGACUCAGUGGAGUAUCUGGACCCCAGUAAACGAAGUGUGGGUAUGUAUUUCUUUAACAUAGCACAGGCACUGGUGGAUUGGGGCUACACUCGAGGUGUCGAUGUCAGAGGAGCGCCAUACGAUUGGCGGAAAGCACCCAAUGAAAAUAAGGAGUACUUCCUGGCAUUACAGAAGUUGAUCGAGGAGAUGGCAGAGAAGGGCGGGCCCGUGGUUCUGAUCGCUCACAGCAUGGGCAACAUGUACAUGUUGUACUUCCUCAACCAGCAGCCACAAGCCUGGAAAGACAAAUAUAUCAAAGCUUUCAUCGCUUUGGGAGCGCCGUGGGCGGGCGUGGCGAAGACACUCCGCGUGAUCACCUCCGGUGACAAUAACGGCAUCCCGGUCAUUAGACCGCUGAAGAUUCGCUCUCAGCAACGUUCGGCUGUGUCGACAUCUUGGCUCCUCCCCUAUGCCCACACUUGGCCCAGUGAUCAGGUUUUUAUCCAGACACCUACUACCAACUACACCGUGAUGGACUACAAGCGCUUCUACUCGGACAUCGGCUUCGAGGAUGGCUGGCUUAUGCGUCAGGACACGGAGUCGCUGCUCUUUGACCUCACACCGCCUGGGGUGACCGUCCACUGUUUGUACGGGACCGGCAUUCCAACGUCGGAAUCUUUCCAGUACUCUGCUAAGUUCCCUGACGUGGAUCCCACCGUGUUGUGGGGCGACGGCGACGGGACGGUGAACCUGCUGAGCGCCACCCAGUGCAAGCGGUGGGUGGGGUUUCAGAAACAGCCGGUGACCUUGCAGGAGCUUCCUGGGAACGAGCAUGUGAACAUGCUGUUGAACGUCUCCACCGUGGCCUACAUCAAGAAGGUGCUUUUCUCGCCGUGACGCACAAGUGACGCCUUCUGUGCUUGUUAACUUUGCUCGCCAAAAAACUCACGUGGGACGUGCUGCGUUGCUAACCUGAAGACACGGCAGCCAUUUGAAUACCUCCUACCAUAUUAACAUUCACCGGAACUGUGUUCUAUUUUAAGACACAACUAUCUCUUUAAUUCCUUGAAGACCAUCUUUGAAUGGCUUUUGGAAGAAUUAAUUUUAUACAGUCAUAACUACACAUCUGAGGUCACAAUGUUUACUGACAUUUCUAUUCUUCUAGCUUUUAAACAAGCCAAGACAUCAGGUAUGAUUAUUAUAUUUAAGGAUAUACAAAGUAUGUUGUCCAAAUUAGAUGUUCUAAUUCAAUUAUGCCAUAUUGAUACUUCUUUUUAGUACAUAUACUGCAUUUAAUUAUACUUUCUUGGCUGAUUCUGUGGCUGUAGUUGUAUAUGACAUGACAAGUCGGGCCUUUGUCAGGUGUUUUAAAUACAUUAUUUUACAUUUUUUAUUAUUGGUCUUUAAAUAAAGAUUGAGGACCGGUGGUCCUUUCUUUAAACUUAAUGUAACCGGGCUCAAAGGUACAGUUUGUACAUCUCUUCAGUCUUUCUGGGAACUACAUACUCACUAGUUUUCCUCCAGUGCGUCGUUUUUUCCAGUCCAAGGUUCCAUACUGGUCCAUAUGAUCACUCCGAGAAUUCGUAACUACCAAACUGUCUUCAUGGUUGAAUUGUGAUUCCCUUGAUAGAGAAAACUUGCUGGUCUUUUUUUGUUCCAGUUUAAAGUUGUAAUCCAGUGGAAUUUCAACCUUGCAUGAUACUUUUUGCCUCUGUCUUUCACUUGUAACUAGUUUUCUUUUUUUUUACAAUGUGUCUAGACAAUCAUGAAAAGUUCCAGUUGCCACAUUGCUGUAUGUGCUGCCUUCCAUAAAAUGUUUUAUAUUGUGUAAUUCAUCUUUGAACUUGAUUUAGCUGUAAGAUGUUUUAAUUUUGUGUUAUGCCAUACAGCAAAAACAUAAAUUAACAGAACAAUU